CUCCCAGAGGGACCUGUUGGUUAACUAAGUCACAGGAGGCCCUUGGCGUGUAGCCACUUUUGUCUAAAACAUAUUUCAGCAUAGCCCCCAAGGUGUGACUUUGCAAUCUCACCAGAGAGAGAAGGACGCUUCACUGGAAACUUUCCCAGUUGAUCCAAAUGCUGUCUUGGGGAUUCCCCAGCAUCUGCGUUCGGGUGUCGGUGACCUCCAGUCUGGUAAUGUCACCUCCCUUGGAACUGCGCGCGUGAACGCUACUGAACCAGCCCUCAGCCUCUGCAACAGUCGGAAGGUUCCAGCCGCGGGAGUCCUGGAGGCGGCGGCGGCGGCCCAGGAAGCAGCAGCCAGCAGCACCAGGGAGGAACAUUCUUCUAAGGAUGGUCUCCCACUCAGAGUUGAGGAAAGUCUUCUGCUCGGCGGAUGCAGUCUGCUUUGAUGUCGACAGCACAGUCAUCAGAGAGGAGGGCAUCGAUGAGCUGGCCAAGAUCUGUGGGGUCGAGGACGCUGUGUCAGAAAUGACAAAGCGAGCCAUGGGUGGGGCAGUGCCUUUCAAGGCUGCCCUCACAGAGCGCCUGGCGCUGAUCCAGCCCUCCAGGGAACAGGUACAGAGGCUCAUCGCAGAGCACCCUCCACACCUGACCCCUGGCAUAAGGGAGCUAGUAAGUCACCUACAAGAGAGAAAUGUUCAGGUUUUCCUAAUAUCUGGUGGCUUUAGGAGCAUUGUAGAACAUGUCGCUUCAAAACUUAAUAUCCCAUCAACCAAUGUAUUUGCCAAUAGGCUGAAAUUCUACUUUAAUGGUGAAUAUGCAGGUUUUGAUGAGAUGCAGCCAACAGCUGAAUCUGGUGGGAAAGGCAAAGUUAUUAAACUUUUAAAGGAAAAGUUUCAUUUUAAGAAAAUAAUCAUGAUUGGAGAUGGAGCCACAGACAUGGAAGCCUGUCCCCCUGCUGAUGCUUUCAUUGGAUUUGGAGGAAAUGUGACCAGACAACAAGUAAAGGACAACGCAGAAUGGUACAUCACUGAUUUUGUAGAGCUUUUGGGAGAACUGGAAGAAUAAUCGAUUUUUAUAUAGUGUACAACAACUUCGUAUUCAUUUGUAAAAGUUAUACAGUUCGUACCGUUUACUUAAAAUUGCCUAUUACAACUUCAUGGAUAAAUUUGGUACCAAUUAUCUGGACUGUCAAAUAAACUAUAAUUAAGGCUUUUAGAAAGUUGCUUUAAAAAAAA